CCCAAAACCCUGUAUUUCAAUGAUGUCAACAGAAUAUGUUCAGCCACUUGAUAUCCCAGAAGACAGACUGGACAAGCGAGAUUCACACUGUAACCAUUUAGAAGAUCUUUCAGAACAGCUGAUAAAGAGCUGUGACCUCAAAAAGAAACCAAGAAAAGGUAAAAUUAUCCAGGCCUCUCAGAACACUGAUCAGGACCAAAAAAAGCCAAGGAGAAAAGAUACACCAGCAAUACACACUCCACCACCCCUAUCAGGCAUACUUUCAGACUUCUCUGAUAACCUGCUGAAAAGGUAUGGUAUCACAGAGAAACCACAGAGGGAGAGAGUGAGUCCAGGCUCUCAGAUCACUGAACUGGAACAGAAGAAGCCCAGGAGAAAAGAUACACCUGCAAUACACAUCCCACCCAUUAUAACAGGCACUAGGCUGCUUACAGAAGAAAAGCGAACAGUGAUUCUGGAAGAUGAAGAAAAGGAUGGAGACACAACACCCAGUUAAGAUUAUAGUGAUAUCUCCAAUAAUGUAAUGUAAAUAAUAAUUCUGGGUCAUUCGAAGUGGCAGCGCAUAGAGAAAAAAAAAACCAUUCAUUUUUAUAAAUAAUAAUUUUCUUAAGUAUGCACUUGAAUUUAAAUUAUCUUCAAGUGCUUAUCUUCAUCUCACGAAAUCCCAGGAAGCAACACAGGAGACAACAGAAAAUUCAUUUACACGUGGGGCUGGAAGAAUUCCCUUGGUAGAUGAAGAGCCAUUUUCCAGUACUUCUGUCUGCAGGGAUCUCAGAUCAAAUCAGGUUUUCCAUAGCGUAGUGAUAAGGGCCAACACAAAUGGCACUGCUGACCCAGCGUAGCUGGCACUAGUUACCAGAGUGGACUCUAGCAUAAGGCAGAGCUUUUUCUGGCCAUUCUUUCUUGGUUACACACACUGUGCUUGUACUGUAUUGAGGUAAAAGCCUGCCUUUUCCUUUUCCUUUUCCUCCUUCUUGUUUCCCUAGGAUGUAGAACAUCAACUAGAGGCUCAAAACUGUAUUUUUCUCGUGACUUUUUGCCUCAUUAGUCCAGCUUUUAUUUGCUGGAAUAAUGUUGACUGCAGUGAAAAUUCCACAUGCAAAACUGAAGUGAUAGACAGUGUGGGAGAGAAGGAAUCAAGAUUAGCGUUCCUGAGAAGCAAAGCAAACACUUCCUGUACCUGUAUCUGCUCAUAGCUUUGUUUGUAAAGAGAAAAAAAGUAGGUUUAUUUUAGUAGGAAAACAGUGACACACCAAGCAAAGAACAGGGCAAAGUGCUCAGAAAGGGAUCAUACUGGAAGUGCAACAUUUGCCUGUGGUACCAGUAUAGUCUGUUGGUUUUUGGUUUUGGUUUUUUUUUUCCUUUCAAAGGUUUUAUUCCUAUGCAGGUGAAAGAUGAAUGAAUUGGAUACCUAAUCCUUUUACUCUACAUUUUUUUUCUCUUGAUAUGUGCUUUUAAAACAGUUCAAGCUUGUCAGUUAGGAGAAGCUGGGAAGAUUGGAAAUCUAAGUGAAGGAUUCAGAAUUGAGUAAAAAGAACAGCAUUACUCAAUCCCAUGCAUACUGAAAGGUAAAAUAGCAUCAGGCUUCUUACCUUAUAAGAUAAUUCACUGACUCAGCCAAGAAUUGCUCUUACAGCUAGUAACAGGCUUCAGCAUUUGUGCAAACAGAGGGGGGUACCUGUAGAAUAUUAUACAAAAUAGGUAGGACUGAAUAGUUCUCUGCUUACCUUAAUAGCUCUGUAUGCUAGAUGGAGCCGCACUGCUACAUGGAUCCUUCAGGACCUUAGCACAGAGGUUAAAGACUAUCCAACCUGGCAGUCUGAACUCAGUUAUUGUUUUAACACCCUUAGGCAAACAGCUGAGGAACAUACUAGCUAGGACUUCAUUUGC